CCGGAGGCCGCCCAUCGCGGUUCAGGCGUUGGUUCUGAAGCCCUUCGAAAGCCAUUCCCUCCUUUUUUGCCCUUUGGCGAACUUGAUGCUUUCAACUUCUAAUCCCGUUUUAAUUUAAUUUUCUCAUUUGCUUUCAUCGCCUGCGCUGUCUUAUGGAUCUUUUGAUUUGACGUUCGUCGAGAGUUUGGCCGAGUUAGGAUUGUUGACCCCCGGACGUCACUGGAGACGUGUCAGGUUGCUGCUACCUCCGAAACGAAUUCCCCCUAACCUGGGCCACGGACGAGAACGAUACGUGCACCAUGGCGCAGCAGACAUUGUCCGUGGGCAAUGCAAAUUCCUGGAAUCCCGCAUCAUGGCCGGAAGACGAUUUGCCUUCCAAUGCGGCGGCCUCUACAGAAGGUGGUUUGGCCGACCUCCUGGCCGCAGCAAGUCCGAAGCAAGCCCAUGCAUCCGACGCGAAAUCGCCUCUAAGCGACGACGACUUCUCUGCAUGGAAUAUCUCAAAUGAGACCGACAAAAAUCCUGUUCAGGUCGAAGAGGCGAAAGGGAUGACUCCCGUGGUGGAUGACAACACUCCGAUCGAGGAAACUAGCGGAGUCAGGGACGUCGAGACCGUGAACAGUGCGACGACCCGAGAUCUGGAAGAUAAAGUGAUCCCUACCAAAUACUCUACUCAGCUCGAAUCAUCCGAGGUACUAUCCACAGAAACCGAUCCUGUACCAGCGUUCCCGCCCUCCUCUGAGCCCACUGCCACCCCGACCGAACCUGCUCUCUCCCCAACCGAUGUUCAAGAUUCCUUAUCCAACCCUCUUGUCAAGCAUGUUCGGUCUACGACCGAUCACGAGUCUUCCGUUUUGGCCGGAUUAGAGAAGGACGAAGACAACACUGUGCCUACUCAAGUGGCUGAGCAACCGAUCGAUCAACAGGAGCUGAUUAUCGACCCGGCUACUGUUCUUCAACCUGCGUACUCUCUAGUCGAUCAACCUCGUGUCCCUUCUGUUGAAAUCGCAUCAUUUGAGGAAGAAAAGGAAAAGCCGCAAGCCGAACAACCUCAUACAGAGCAAUUACCAACACCCCCAGUCGAGGUGGAGCCUGUCGUUCCCGGAGAGCCGCUCUCGUCGGCCCUUGCACCUGGAAACAACCAUUAUUUGGAGGCUGAGUCACCUGCGCAAGAGCCAAGCCGGGAUGAUGCCGAUCCUUGGACCAUGGAAGCGCAAAACGAUGUGGAUUCAGAAGGAGAUGACUUCUUCAACCAAUUAAAGACUCAAACCAAGCCCAUCUUCGCACCUCCCGAGGCCGAGUCUCGGUUUGAAGAAGGAGUACCACUCUUGGAUGAAGAGAGUCCAGAAUCCCCAGUGCGUGAAGAACACCCGGCAAACCAUGUUGAGGACCCCUUUGCCAAUGACGAAAACGGCGGGGAUGACUUCUUCAGCUCGGCUCAAAAGGCUGAAACGAGCGAUGACUUUUCCUCCCCGCAUAUUACUCGCAAGAGCACGUCACAGUUUAUCGAGUCGCUUGGGUUCAACAUCGACUCUCCCACAAGCGAUACGUCGGCUGCUGCCCUAUUUGACGAUAUUCUGAAAGCUGCCGCUACGUCUGAACCUGUAGAGUCUGCGGUACAGGCGGAAUUAGCUGCAGAGCCUACGGAAGACGAUCUUGCUGCCCGAUGGGAAGCGGAAUUGAGCGAUACAGGCGAGGAUGAGUUGGCUGCUCGGUGGGAGGCUGCCCUCGACCUGGAUGAUGACGAUAUACUCUUGGAGGACGAUACAACUGCACUUGCCCCAGCUCAGCCCCAAGCCGCUACACCUGGUCAACAAUAUGUUCCCCAGGGCGUGACACUGUCAGCUAUCAACUCUGCUCCUACUGGACUGAAUAGCCCGUUCGAGACCCCCAACAGUCAGACGCAGCCUCGGGCUAUUCCCGGCAUAUAUACGCCACAUCAACCUACUACUGCGGACCUUGUUGGAGGCAUCCCUGUACCCGGAGCACCCCCAGGGGCGAAUGCUGUAAUCCCCCCGUACUUCUCUCAGAAGCCUUCGAACCCCGUGUUGCCCCCUCGCGGGGAGAGCUUUGCAGAGCGAUCAAAAGAGGGCUAUAAAUCUCCAUACGACCUGCCAGAUGACUUGUCUCGACCCAGGCGGCCCGUGACUACUCACAAGCCUGCUUCAUUGCCUGUGAGCAGUAUGCCUCCACCUCCACCACCCGGCAGUGGCACGCCCCAGUACGGGGUAUCCCCAGUUGUAACAGCUCCUCCCGCUGCUGCUGCGCCGGCACCGGCAGCGCCAGCUGCUCCAAAGAACUUCUACGAAGAGCUUCCCUUGCCGAUUCCAAAGUCUCGACCUGCAACAAGCUCGGGGCGAUACUCUCCCAAUCCUGCCGCUACCACGACGACUGGUUCGUCGCUUGCUGGUCCAUCGCUGCCGCAAAAUCCAUAUGCACCCACUGCACCUCUUGCUGCCUUACCAGCCAAUAUGCCUCCCCAGCCUUCCCUUGAGCCACCAGAGCGUUUGGAUCCAUAUUCCGUGCCGUCGUUGUUGGCAUCAAGUGCACCAGCUGGUCCGCCUGCUGCAUCCCGGUAUUCCCCUCAGCCUCCAGGCUUGCAACCAUCGGCGAAGCCACCUUCGAUGCCUCGAUAUUCACCCGCGCCUCCUCCCUCGGGACCGGCUGCGCGUAAUCGCUAUGCCUCUCAGCCUUUGGCUGUUCCAGGCCACGUUAACAAUUUGCCGUUCCAGCCUCGUACCUCCAGUCCUCUAGCUUAUCAUGAAAAGGCUUCGUAUCAGCCCGAUGAGCCUCAGUCUCAACAACCGCAGCCCCCAUCGCUGCAGCCGUCGGUUGAUCUUUCUCCACCACGUGCGCAGCGGCCUAGCAUUGAUCAAGGGUCGCCCUAUGCUCCGCAACUGUCAAAUGGAACUGGCAGCUUUGAUGGUGCACACCCCCCGGUAGCCCCACGACAGACUCCCCCGCCGGCCAAGAAUCGCUACGCACCGCCAGAGUAUGUCAACGAAUUCGCUCAGCGCGUUGCACCAAACAGUGCCUACCAACCUGUCCCAGUUGCGGGAGUCGGGCCACCGUCAUCCCAUCAGGUGACCGAGGUGCAGUCUGCUCCUCCUCGCCGAUCCCAUACUUCCUCACCGGGUCAACAAAUGACGAGUCCCCGAGCUGCUGUCCCUCCACUUACAACUUUACCGCGCCCGGCCUCUGUGCACGGCUCUGGUUCGCCUACCAAGACAAUCAAUCCGUAUGCUCCAGUACAGCCCUCUAUCCAGGGCCGCGCCCGUGCUCCCUCCCAGCACCUGGAGUUUAUCGCACCCACCGACGGACAAGAACAGGACCCUCUUCAGCGAUGGAAAGGCGCUCCUAUCUUCAAGUUCGGCUUCGGCGGAGCUGUGGUCUCUUGCUUCCCCCAACAAAUUCCUAGGUACUCUGUUGGUCAAGCUCUCCCAAUGAUCAAACCCAGUCCUGGUGAACCCAAGCUCUCACAGGUCAGCCAAUGGGUCCCAUCCCCAGAUACCAUUGUGCAGCAUCCCGGUUUGCUCAAGGCAAAGUCCAAGAAGAAGGAUGUGCUCGCCUGGCUGUCAAGCAAGAUUGCUGCAUUCGAAAAUGACAUGCCUCACGGGUUUGGGGAGUCUCAUCCCGACAUACAGAAGCGCCACGAGGAAAAGAUACUGCUAUGGAAGGUUAUAAAGAUAAUGGUUGAAAAUGAUGGUCAACUUGAGGGGUCGGCCGAGAUACAGAACUCCCUUCGUCAGGUAUUCGUCCCAAAUCUUCCAGAACUCGGGCCGGAUGGCUCCGUGAUCAGUCCAUUUGGAACGUCCAGCGGGUUUGCUUCCCUCGGGGCAUCAUCCCAGCCGGAUGCAGCUGCUGACCCCCAGUGGAUGGAAGAGCUGCGGAAUCUUUUGCUCCUAGGUGAACGGGAAAAAGCCGUCUGGGCCGCCGUCGACCGCCGUCUAUGGGGUCACGCAAUGAUUCUUGCAUCUACCAUGGAUCGGGCUAUCUGGAAGCAGGCUGUCCAAGAGUUUGUUCGACGUGAGAUCAAAUCCACAGCUGCAAACACCGAAUCUCUUGCAGCCCUCUACGAAAUCUUCGCUGGAAAUGUGGAGGAAAGCGUCGACGAACUUGUACCUCCAUCCGCACGGGCUGGGCACCAACUGAUUAGUAUGAAUGAUCGCCAAAGUUCCACAAAGAACGCGCUGGAUGGCUUGAAUGGCUGGAGAGACACCGUCGGAUUGGUGCUGAGCAACCGAAGCUCGGAAGAUCAGCAAUCUCUCCUUGCUCUUGGCCGUUUGCUAUCUUCUUAUGGCCGCGUGGAGGCAGCACAUCUCUGUUUUAUCGUCUCUCGCAGUGCGGUAUUUGGUGGCGCCGAUGAUCCUCAAGCGAACAUUGUGCUCCUUGGUGCUGAUCACCAACGUUUUCCUUGCUCCUUGGUGGACGAGGACGCCAUUCUUCUGACCGAGAUCUAUGAAUAUGCUAUCUCCGUCCUGCCCAAUUCGCCGGCGGCCAAUUUGCCAUAUCUCUUGGCCUUCAAGCUCGUCCACGCCAAACAGCUCGCCGACCGGGGACGCAAGUCUGAGGCUCAGACCUAUUGUGAUGGAGUUGCCGCAUCGCUCAAAGCAACCACACGACCCUCACCUUAUCAUCAUCAGCACUUGUUUGUUGAGGUUGAUGAGCUUUCUGCUCGACUUCGUCAAACCACCACAGAUGGUGGCUCUUGGAUCUCCAAGCCGAGCAUGGAGAAGGUAUCUGGAUCUAUGUGGGCUCGCUUCAAUAGCUUUGUUGCUGGUGACGAUAGCGAUGCGGCGUCGACAGGUUCCGGCAAAGCAGGCGAGAUUGGAGACUUUGGUCCCUUUGCCAACGUUGCAGGAACGCCAACUGUCAGCCGAUCUCCUUCUGUGUCCGACCUUUAUGGCUCAUAUCCUGGAGCAGCAGCAGCAGCUCAACCUAUCCCUGCUCCUGCUGGCGGUUCCUCGCGAUACAUGCCGAACCAGUAUGCGCCGAAUGCAUCGCCUGAACAAUUCCGUGGACGAUCGUCAAUGGACUCCCAGAGGUCUCCAUCGUUUGGGGGUGUUCCCUUUGGACAACGUCGGACCUCACAAGAAUACCCUGCCUCUCCAGUCGAGAGUUUUGCACCUAUAUACGGUUCCCCUGGCGCUGUUUCAGGUUACCAGCCUACUCCGCCUCAGACAUCCUACAUGCCACUUGCCCCGGUCGAAGAGGAUUUGACUACUCAAUCGCCUGCAGACAUUGUACCGCCUACCCAGCCAGCGCCUCCUGUCAAUGGUCUCUUCUACCAGCCUCAUGGACAGCAGGAGCAACACCAUCAUGAGACCGAACAGACACCGGCUGUACAGUCGCCCUACUACCAGGGGCCCCCUGGCAUGCCGCAGUCGGAAAAUUCGUCCUACAUGGCCCCACUUAGCAAUGCGUAUGCGCCACCUUCAUAUGCCGCCCCUGCUUCAGGGGAGCCGGAUCAACCAACGGUGGAUGAGGAGCCUCAGCCUCGGCAGAAAAAGUCUUUCAUGGAUGACGAUGACGAUGACGAUCUUGCUACUAGGGCCGCUGCCAUGCAGAAGGCUGAGAAUGACCGCAAGGCGGAUGAAGCGUUCAGGAAGGCCGCUGAAGAAGAUGCCAAGAGAGACGCCCUACAAGCUCAGAAGAAGGGGUGGUUUGGUGGGUGGUUUGGAGGCGCCAAAAAGGAAGCGGAGAACACUGGCGGCGGUCCUAUUAAGGCCAAGCUCGGCGAAGAGAAUUCUUUCUACUAUGAUAAAGACCUCAAGAAGUGGGUCAACAAGAAGGACCCCAUUUCUGCUGCUGCUGUUCGUGCUACGCCGCCUCCACCACGAGGUUCUGCUCCGCCGAGUCGAGCUGCCAGCUCUGGCAGUAUGCCUCCUCCCGCUGGACCUCCUAUGUCCGGUGCAGGUAGCCGACCCCAGUCUUCUGCUAGCGAUAUGCCGCCCCCACCUCUUUCAUCGAGCCCUGCGUUGUCAGCACUUGGUAUGCCACCACCUCUUGGUAACAUGUCUCGUUCAGUCUCUACGGGUGCGGCUGUUCCAACACCGCCCGGUAGCUCGUCUGGCCCACCACCUCGACCUGCCUCUUCUUUGACCCAUGCCAACUCCAUCGAUGAUCUCCUCGGCGCUCCCACCGCGCGUAAGGGAAACACCGUUAGGGGUAAGAAGAAAGGCCGCUAUGUUGAUGUGAUGGCUCAAUAAUCUCGAGACUCUCUCGAGAGUGCUGAGCUUUUGAAAGUCUAAUCAGUUGUUGAAUCAUUGACUGAUUGGACUGUUUUUCUUUUGUUAUUUCAUUUGUGCUCUUAUGCCUCUGAUGUCCGUCUGGUUCUGCUUCUGAUCACGCUUGAAUUCCCCAUUGCCCGAUUGCCCCAUGAAGUCCUCGCACCCUCCCCGCCCAUAUAAUAGAGAUUCCCUGCUGUCAAGUCUUCUUCUCCCAGCAUCUUGCAUGUGUCUUAUCUGAUCCCGCGUCAGGACCGACACAACCCCCAUUUCCAAGGCGUUCUCGCACCCUGAGCCAGCUCGGCACCGCAAAGUCCUUGUACAUAGCUUGCUGUUUCUGCUGUUCUUUGUUGCGAAAUACUUCGUCCGCGAAGCGAGGGAGACGACUCUCCUUGCAUCAUGUAUAUCAUAUUCCUGCUCCUCCCCUUGCGUUGUUUUCCUGCCUCCUGGUUUUCGAGUCUUUGGGGAGGUUUCUUUCCGCAUGGCUUUCUUACCGUGCGCCUGUCUUAAUAAUGAUUCGUUAUAAUCUCGAUUACGAGUGUGUUUAUUGAUUCUCUGAAAAUCCCGCCGCUAUAUUCGUAGGCGCCAGAACUUUCUUUGCCCAUUUAUCUUAGAUAAACCAGAUAGAGAUUGAUUAUUCACGUCGUGAAAGAAUUGAUGUAGU